AUGCUUUACCACAUUAUACAUCGUCCUAUUCAUUCUAAUACGACGAAUAUAUCAAAUCAACCAAAACCCGAAUCAGUCCCAACACAACAGUUAAUGCCACGUUAUCAUUAUUCACGAGCAGUUCCAAAUAGUGUUGCAAAUACUUCAGAUUCAUAUUUAAUAGAAAAUAAUACUGGUGGACAUACGAUACAGCCUACAAUGACAGCGACGACGACGAGCAAUGAUAAUAAUUCUUAUGGGUCUUUUAAAUCAACAUUCAUUCCGUUUAUGACAAAUAAUCGAUCAAUAACACCAACUAUGCGCGAAUUUAUUCAGAUACCAGUAACAAGAGAGGAUGGUACGACUAUUAUAACAAGUAAUCUUAGUCGAUCUGUACCAAUUACGUAUGUUAGUGAGACAGGUGCAUUACCAUCUAUUGCAGAUAAGAAUGAAGCUAAUAAUCUGAAUCCACAUUUCACUCAUUUUUUACGACCAAGUUCAAGAUAUUUUCAACAUCAUUUUAAUAAUAUAAAUGAAGAACCAAUUAUAACAACAUCAACAUCAAAUAUAUCUCGUUUACCUUCUGCUACACGUCGUUUAAGUCUUUCAAUACCAAUAAUAACAACAGGAACAUCAUCAAGUACUGAUGAUGAUACAAUAAAUCAAAAAGUAUUAAUAUCACCUAUUCGACAAAUUCCUAUUCGUUUUCCACAAACACAAAGUACUGCUUCAACUCCUGCAAAUAAUUCUCGUAUAUCAAGUGCUGUUCUUCGAUCAUCACCCAUACCACAUACACUUCAACGUCGAAGAACUGAUAUGGGAGACGCAUCGUCAUCGUCAUCACCAACAACAUUAGUAACAAUAAAUAACCCUCAACAAUCAUCAUCGGAUUUUAAUAUGACAUCUUCAAAUACAUUUCCUUUACGUCGAGCUGAAGCUAUGGCUCGUGAAGCUAUACAAAAUAUAGCACAACAACAACAACAACGUAAUAAUUUAAUAUCUGGAAAUAAUAAUACUAAUAAUAAUGGUACUCGAUCACCACCAUUAUCGCGUCGUGUUAUUAUAAAUUUAAAAAAUAAUCAGAGCGUAUCACUUGAUAGUCAAAUAUCAGCGGCAAUGAAACUACCACCAAUUCCAUCUUCUUCUCGUACAACAUCACGAAAUAAUAUUUUUCGUAUACCUGUUCUACAUGAACUUCAAGCAUCUUCUCAUCCAUUACUAAUGACAUCUGAACCUUCUUUUCAAUCGACAUCUGCCACUAAUAAUAUUAAUAAUAAUAUGAAUAAUGGAAAUUAUAAAAAUGAAUUUCGUAUGGAAAUUCCAGUUACACUUACAACUAGCAGUGAUCAAGAGAAUCAAAUUCAACAAAAUAAUGGAAAAGAGGAUGGAUUUAAUAGUGAUGAACAUCGUCGGCCAACAAAUAAUAAUUCAAAUCCAACGCUCAAAUCUAUUUUAAAACGAUCCUCAUCGAGAGACUCUGUUUCAAGAAAAAAUGUAAGCUUUAUGAAUGCUUAA